CUCAGAGGGAGAGCGCCUAUGACAGUGUGCUGCUUUGAUUCAUGCUGCUGGGGAGCCUCAUUUGGGGAUUUGGAAAACAAUUAAUAGGGCCAGAACAGAGCGCAUGAAGGAUGAGAAGAUGAAUGUGGAGGCUCUAAGCAGAGCAGAGCUGCUGACUCUCCUCAGUAUUUUGGAGGGAGAGCUGGAGGCGCAGGAUGUGGUUAUACAUGCCCUCAGGGCUCAGCACAGAGAUGCUUUCGUCCAGGAUCGUUAUGGCCAGUAUGACCUCAGUGACCCAUUCCUGGCCCUGCAGCGGGACAGCGAGUCUGAAGAGCGCCAAAACACCCUCACCCAGCCUCACACACACCUGCAGGGCCGGGCGGUGGGCCCAAACCCUCUGGCUGUACUUAAACUGGUCAUGGCUCACUGCAAGAGGAUGCAGGAGAGGAUGAUGGGACAGUUGGCUGCUGCUGAGAGCAGACACAGGAGGAUGAUAGCUGAUCUGGAGGAGGAGAAACGACGGCAUGCCCAAGACUCUGCGCACAGUGAUGAUUUCACCUUCAUGCUGCAGACGGAAAAAGACAAACUGCAGCAACAGUUGGAAGUGGAGCGUGCAACAGUACGGAAGUUGGAGAAGGAACAAACACAGGCAGUGAGCCAGGUGGAAGAGUCACUGUCCCAGCAGCAGCAGCUCUCCUCAACUCUGUCUAUGGAGCUCCAGAAAGCCAGCAACCUGGCGCAGGAGGAGGCUCAUAAGGUCUUCCAACUUCGCACCUUGCUCCAGGAGGAGACCGGUGCCCUGGAGAAGCUCCGGGGGGUUCUUGAAGAUGAGAGGAGCAGGGCAUCCCAGCUAGAGGCCGUGUCUGAGAGGCAACUGGCCGAGUUUGACACGGAGCGAGAGCAGAUGAAAUCCAGGAUCAGCAAAGAGGAGGAGAGGAGUAGGGAGCUUGAGAGACAGCUGGAGGAGCUGAGGAAGAGGUUGGCUGAAGCUGGAGGAUGUAAAGAAGAGGUAAAGGAAGAUAUGACAGAGGUGAAAGAGUCACUUUCCAAGAUGUUACUGGUGUCCACUUCUGUUCAGACUGAGCCGGAUGGAAAGGUAACUGCCACUCCUAAAUCUGCCUCAGUGUCAAAGGUCAACGGCUAUCACGCUCAUAAAGAGACCGAAUCGGCACAGGAAGGAAGAGGAGCAGAAAAUGGAGGCGUGGUAGAGAAUGGGGCAGGAGCACUUUUGCAUUCCCCUCUUCACCCUCAUCCUCACCCUCAUCCUCACUCUCCCUCUAGUACAGCCUCCUCUUCCCUCUCCUCUUCCCCCAUUUCCUCCCCCGUUCUUGCCAAACGUCUGGGCAGCCCAGGCUUCCAUCAGUCCUCCUACCAGGCUGGAGUCAACCAGCGAUUCCAGGCCGCCAGACACAAGUUCCAGAGCCAGGCUGAGCUGGAGCAGCAGCAGCACAGCGGCCCUCUCUCCCCCAGGGACCUCUCCCCCACCACCUGCUCCAUCCCUCCCCCACCAGAGCACAGCACAGCUAAGCAGCUGGCUCGCAACACUGUCACUCAGGUGCUGUCCCGCUUUACCAGCCAGCAGGCUGGCGUCAAGCUGGCACCGAUCAGCAGCUCUCCAUUUGGUACAGACUACCGCAAUGUAGCAGCAUCUCCUCCAGGGGGGAGGUCACCUUCUUCAGGGCCUCUGUCUCCGGGCAUCCGCUCGCCCCUCACUCCUCGUUCAGAGAGGACCCAUCCGCCUCCCAUCCCUCCCAAGAAGCCAGGCAUGAGUCCAACUCCAGGCUCCCCAAGUCACUCUGCUCGAACCAGCCUCUUCCCAGAGCUGACAGGAAACUGUGGACACGGCAGCAGUGGGCAGGAGGGAGCCAAGGAGCCAGACUUGGUUCUAUCUUCUAGCAGCUAACGGCCAGACCAUACAAACUAACCCCCUGAGCCGAGUGGGGCCGAAAUCAAGAGUUACUGUAAUAUUCAUCUUUGCCAGCCCUUAAACCCUCUUCAUAGCACUCAUUAUCAGUAGUAUAGACGCUUUAAAGCUGGGAUGGUUCAGACAGAUGCAUUUAAGAGUUUGUCACACCCCUACCUCUAUACCACAACCUGAGAAACAAUCGGAAAAGAGCUAUUUGAAAUAAAAUAUAGUAUAUUAUUUUAUUUGAUUUAAUAUUUCUAUGAAUGUUCCAGUCUUUAUACCUUUCUGUAGAAUUUUUAUAAGUUUGAAUAGAAUGAAAAUAUUUAUCUCAGUUAUUUUCCUCUUUAGCCCCUUAUUAAGGGUGUUUAGAAACAACAAAGAGACCGAGCUAAAGUCCAUGUUUGGUUAUGAAGAAUGAAAUGUUACCGAGAUUUCAAAGUACAACAUUCUUUUCUUGUCCUUUAAUGCUCAAAUUGCCAGUCCUUUUAGAAUAAAAAAAGAUGACUUUAGUCUGAAGCAAAACUGUAUAGCAAGUAGAAGGGCUAACAUAUAUGGAUGUAGGGUAUAGCAAACGUGUAGCUAUCACAUUCACACUAGUGAGUAGGUUUUUAAAUGUUUUUCUAGUGAAUUCUUAUGCAGUUCCUGUGGAGAUGGCCCAUGAAAACACUAUGAUACUGUAAAUAUUUGAAAGGAUUCAUAGUUGAUUCUCUAUGAAUGAACAACAUGACAUACAUGUCCUGCUUUUUCUAUUCCACUUGUUAUGAAUACACUGAAUCUUAUCUUGAAAAGGGAGAGCACAUUUUGUACUACAUUACUGUACUCAUACUUUAUGUCUAGAAUUUCUGAUGUUUUGUUCAGGGAAGGUUCAUUUCUGCUUCACCCAAACCAAGAAGGACUACGUAUCAUGAAUAUGUGAUAACCCUUUGGGAUAUUCCGUCAAUGAGGAGUGAAGGUUUGCGUCUUGCUACUGUAACAGUUGUUUCUAUAGUAUCUAUCAAAUAAUGUACUUGUCUUGUCCUAACAGUGCUACACAUCAGAUGUUUCAUUUAGGUUUAUGUUUUUUUUUUAUGUUUUCUGGCUUUAAGACCAACAAUUGAUUUUAAAUAAUUAUUUCAACCAAUCAAUUUAAAUGGAUAGAUUUAUACACCAUUUGUCUGUGAGGGGCAAUGUUCCCUCAGCUGUCUCUAGUAAAUAUGCAUAUCAUGAACACCUGCAACAUCUAGUGCUCUUUUAAAUAAAUUGCCCAUGCCUUAAAGUUUA